AUUACAUCGCUGUGAAAGUGACGCUGUUGCCAUCAGAGUAGUGUGUUCCGGGAAAGUGUGUAGAUCUUUAUUAAAUGUUUGUGUCUCCUGUCUGUCUCUGUGGUGUUUUAGAUUUUAACAGAGGUGACGGGCUGUUGGAGGAGAUGCAGGCCGGGACACACUCACCUCUGGACGGUUAAACACGCCGCGGUCUCUCCGGUCCCGCUGUUAUGGAGGAGCCGCCGGGGAGCGUGGACGACCUCCAGCCUCAGGACCUCUCCACCUCCAGCCUCCCCGCUGUCAUUGACUUGACAAUGGGAGGAGAGGACUGUGUCCUAAGCCCCGCCUCCCUCAACAGCCUGCGGAGGGUCUCGAGACCCGCCCUGUACCACAAUUCAGCAACCAGCAGCCCCCCCCCCUCAGGCAUCACGCUCCAACCCGGGGAUCAGAUCCAACCGGACAACGCCUUCUCCCACACCACCGUCACCCUGUCCUACGUGAGCAGGUCUCAUGUCUACUCCACCCACGACUCCCUUUCCUUCAGCGUCCCCCCCGUCAGCAGGCUGUCCCUCCACCCCCCCUGUGACCCUGAGAAAGGACCCGGGGAGACACUAAACCAGCAUUACGUGGAGCAGGGGGAGGGGCCGAUGGACCUCGCUGCUCAGACUCUUCUUCAGUCUUUGUCUCAGGCUCAGGGGGGAGCAGGGACGGAGGGGGGGGGUUAUCUCACACAGCGGAGUCGUGAGGUUAACGGCGGAGACAUAACCUGUGGCGUGGACUUGGAUAAACAUGUUGAGGAGGAGCAGAGGACGUGUUGGGGUCUGGAGAACGGUAGGAAAGACACCUGGUCCGGUCCAUUAGCUGGGGCUGAAUCGGAGCAGGCGGUGGUCCAGGGCAGCGGGGGGGUUAGAGACCUGAACGGGGACUACAGGAGUACUCUGGAGGACCCGGUGUCUCCCUCGCCGGAGAGCGUGGAAGAAGUGUUCGUCAUGCCUCACGCCUCCUGCUCCCCCAGCGGAAACAACUCGUACCUGGAGACGAUGAAGGAGGCUGUGAGGGACGGCCUGAGGACAGGGGGGGCGGGUACCACAGGGUUAGAGUCAAGUGAUAAAAAUAAACCGAGACAGAAGGUGGAGAUGAUCGACCUGACGGAGGACGAUUCAGAAAAUCAACCUCAGACUGUCGCUCACGUUAACGGGAACACAAAGACACUACAGAGGACGCUAAAAGGAAAGAAAGUGUCCCUGCGCUCCGGCAGAGGGACGCGCUUAGAGUCUAUAGUGAUGAACAUAAACUCCAACAGGUAUGAAGUUUCAGGAUGUAUUCGCACUAAUAAAAAAACACCUCAAUCAGCUGUGAGUGAUUCCGAGUUAGCUCAGAGGACGGACGGCGUGUCAGGAGGGCGGAAGAAAAGGAGAGCGAGUGUUUCUCUCUCUGGAAAAACAAAAGAAGCUGUCAGUCCGAGGAAAAGAGGUCAAAGUGUCAACAGUAAGAACUGCAAAGUGUCUACCUCUGAUCUGAAAUCAUCAAGAACUCUAAACAGUCACACAGCCCUCGGUUUAGAAACACAAAGAAGGAGGCGGAGCUUCUCUCUCCCCCUGAACCCUCAGGAGGAAAUCACGUGGCGAGAUCUCCAACAAAACCCUCUGGACGCCCUCCGCCUUCAUCAUCAAAAACUCCAUCUCCAAAGAAAGGCAGAGGUAAAGCUGCAGGUCAGAAAGCGUCUCCGGCUGCUAAGACUCCUCGGAGGAAGAGGAAGAAGCAACACACACCGAGCUUCUCCCCGUCCUCCUUGUUCGCUCCCAAAGAACCCGAGAUCAAACUGAAGUAUGUGAACUUCAGGGAGGAGAGGAGGGAGCUGAGGGUGGACACUUUCUCUCCAUAUGUGCGUGUGGAGCGUCAGCCGUCCUCGCCGUCGCUCUGCUCGGUGAUAAACUACCCUGAGCAGGUCCAACCGCAGCACAGGAAGCAGAAGUCUCACCUCACCUCCUUCAUCUCUGCGGCCAUCCCCAGCACGUCCUGUCUGCUGCUGGGCCGGGCGUCCACGCACGGACAGCACCGCCGCUCGCUUGUCUGCUGCCUGUGUGGACGCUCCGCCAACACCAUGGACCUGGGUGACCUCCACGGACCCUACUACCCAGAGGGCUACCAGCUGGGAACCAAAACCAAGACCAGCAUCAAAGAGGACGAGAACGGCUCCAGCGACUCUGACUCAUCGUCCUGCAACGUCAGGGGCCGGGGGAGGAAGUGUCCCUCCACACAGAGGCCCCUCAGCACCCAUCAGAAGAGCCCCUGCUGGACCGGGGACAGUACGGGCAGCCCUGCGACGAAGCGGGCACGGUCUGCUGCUGGCUGUGCAGACAUGGAGGACUGGUACAGCCCCCCUGUGCUCCCCCUGGAGCCCUGUGAGUACUGGCUCCAUGAGGACUGUGGGAUCUGGUCUGCAGGAGUGUUCCUGGUGAGGGGCCGAGUGUACGGGCUGGAGGAGGCGGUGAGGGCGGCGAACGAGACGACGUGUUCAGCCUGUCACCACUCUGGAGCCACACUGGGCUGUUUCUUCAAAGGCUGUCCCAACAACUAUCACUACAGGUGUGCUCUGCAGUCAGACUGCAUCCUCAUUGAAGAAAACUUCUCCAUGAAGUGUAAAAAGCACAAGAACAAGACAUUCAAAGCUCCUCCAGGGACCCGCUGUGACGACAGGUGACAGCACUAACAGAAGCCUCAUGAGACGAUCUCCUCGCCGUCCUGCAGGGUCUCCUCUCCAUCCUGCAGGGUCUCCAUCCUGCAGGGUCUCCUCUCCAUCCUGCAGGGUCUCUUCUCCAUCCUGCAGGGUCUCUUCUCCAUCCUGCAGGGUCUCUUCUCCAUCCUGCAGGGUCUCCUCUCCUCGCCUCAUGUGGACCUGGAAUCUUCUGACAGACAGCUAACACCGUGAACCUUAACUGCACCAGUCUCCUGAAAACUGAAACACUCACACACACAGUGACAUGCUUUGUUUGUGUUAUCUCUUUAUUUAUAUAUUUUUUUUUUAUGUCAGGAUUAAAUAUGAAUAACAAUCAAAGAUAUUUAAUUUUCUAUAAACUGUAUUUGUUUUUAUUUAUUCCUGCAGUUUGUUCAGCGGAUGUCAAAGAGGUGUGAGUGUGUGUUUAAGUUAUUGGUGAAGAAUCAGUUUAUUUAAUUUAAAGACUGGACGGCUCAGAGAGCACACUGACAGGACGGGGUACCAACAACAACAGGACAACAGAUUAGACAUAACACCUUUAGAGCAGAAACACCUGAAGGUGCACUGACUGACGGCCCAGCUCAAGGUGAAAGACCUCUGACGUCUGGUUAAAGAGGCGGCGUGAAGAACUUCUGUUUAACAUUUCAGACUUUGUUUCACAGAGUGUGAAGGACAUGAUUUAGUGAUUGAGGAGACUCUUGGGUUGUAUGACAACAUACAUGUAACAUCUGUUAAGAGGAUAAAUUUCAAAGUCCUAGACUCCUGAUAUUUGGGUGGGUUUAUUCUCCUGCACACCUGUCUGAUGAAAUGGACUGAGUCAUGUGUUUGAAUGUACUUUCCCCCCCCCCCUCCAAAAGAACUUUGUGCUACUCCGCUCCAGCUGCAGUAUUACCUUCAUCGCCGCCGGUGAGCUGGUCAAUGACCCGCUCCGCCUUCCUGUUUGUUCAGUAUGAUCAGUGUUGCUGUAACAUCUGAGUGCACUUCUGCACACAGCCAGUGGGGGCAGUGUGGUGCUGUCAGAGAUUAGGGCAUGAGCUGUUACAUGUGUACUACACACACUCUCAGAUGCAUUGAAGUCGUGCCAUCGUUUAAUGAUUUUAAAUGUUUUAUUGUUUUAUUUGUGGUUGCAGUGAUUUCACGAGCAGCUGUGUGAGUGCCUGAGAAUUAAUCUGCAAUGAUUUAUUGAAAUCUGUUUUUUUUUUAUUUUGUCUUUGUUCAAAGUUUGAGUCAUUUUGUGUCUGCGUGUAUCUCAGGGCUGAAUCUCAGAUCUUCGAAUGAUUUAAAGUGAUUUUUAUUUCCUUAUGUUUUCGACCGGACAAUAUUUUCGUCUCAGGCGGUUUCUCUCGGAUCGUCACAUUCCAGCUCCUCCUCGCCGCCAGUGAUCUUUAAGUUGAACUCGGACUCGAGCUGCCAACGCCGCUUCCUCUUUUUCACGCUCUUUUUAUUUCAUGGAAGCUUUUUGUUGGGUCGCCUCUCUGAGCUGCAGAGGUCAGGAUGUAACUUCCCAAAAUAAAUAUUUUGUUCAACA